UACUCGACUCCCAAGUUCGCAUCUUUUUCUCCACAUACACCAAAUUGAAUCAGGAGCUGCGGCGACCAGCGAGCCGAGGACGUAACUGGCACCAACCCUAACCCUUUCCGCUGGAGCUCCGAUCCGCCUGACGCCUCUACAUUUCCUACCUCCCGGGCGGCGGUGCCGCGAUGAGCUGAAUGAACCAUGGGCUGCUUCCUCACCAAAGAGGCUUCCGCUGCCCCCACCCCAUCCUCCCUCGGCAGCCGCCGCCGUGGCCGAGAUAAGGAGCGACCUUCCGGCGCCGUCGUCUCCGAACUACAGUCCCAGGCGGCACCUCCAGGGAUCGACACCGUCGCCGUUGCUGAGGUAGACUCCCAUGCUCGGAAGGAGGACGCCAAGCGGCCGGAUGGAGAUCGCCCGACGCGGCGUAGGCGACAGAGGCUUGAUCCCAGGCUGAGCAACCCACCUGGUCAUGUUCAGGGGGAACAGGUGGCCGCCGGGUGGCCCUCCUGGCUCUCAAAUGUUGCUGGGGAGGCCAUUAAGGGCUGGACGCCCCGCCGUGCUGACACCUUCGAGAAGAUCGACAAGAUUGGCCAAGGAACCUACAGCAAUGUUUACAAGGCGAGGGACAUGCUGACCGGAAAAAUCGUCGCUUUGAAGAAAGUCAGGUUUGACAAUAUGGAGCCAGAAAGUGUGAAAUUCAUGGCGAGAGAGAUCCUUAUUUUAAGGCAGUUGGAUCAUGUCAAUGUGGUGAAACUGGAAGGUUUAGUGACUUCCAGGAUGACUUGCAGUUUGUAUUUAGUAUUCGAGUAUAUGGAGCAUGAUCUUGCUGGUCUUGCUGCGAGUCCCACUAUCAAGUUUACUGAAGCUCAGGUUAAGUGUUAUAUGCGUCAGUUAUUGUCAGGGUUGGAGCACUGUCAUAAUAAUGGUGUGCUGCAUCGGGAUAUUAAAGGUUCCAAUCUCCUAAUAGAUAAUGAAGGGUUGUUGAAGAUUGCUGAUUUUGGCUUGGCUACAUUCUUCGAUCCAAGCCGCAAGCAUCCCAUGACCAGCCGGGUAGUAACACUUUGGUAUCGAGCACCAGAGCUUCUCUUGGGAGCCACUGACUAUGGUGUGGGUAUAGACCUCUGGAGUGCUGGCUGCAUUUUGGCAGAGUUAUUAGCUGGGAAACCCAUCAUGCCUGGGAGGACUGAGGUUGAGCAGCUGCACAAGAUUUUCAAGCUUUGCGGUUCCCCUUCCGAGGAGUAUUGGAAGAAAUCAAAGCUGCCACAUACCACUAUUUUUAAACCCCAACAACCAUACAAACGCUUCAUAAAGGAGACAUUUAAAGACUUUCCACCAUCUUCAUUGCCACUGAUUGAAACUCUUCUUGCAAUUGAUCCAAUUGAACGUUUAACUGCAACAGCUGCUCUAAAUAGUGAAUUCUUUAACACUCCACCAUACGCAUGUGAACCAUCAAGCCUCCCGAAGUAUCCACCAAGCAAGGAGAUGGAUGCUAAACUGAGAGAUGAAGAAGCAAGAAGGUUGAGAGCUGGUGGUGGGAAAGCCAAUGUUAGUGGAGCAAAGAAGAUGCGCACACGAGAGCGAACUACAAGGGCAAUUCCUGCCCCUGAAGCUAAUGCGGAACUUCAAGUUAACAUUGAUAGACUGCGCCUGAUUACUCAUGCUAAUGCAAAGAGUAAGAGCGAGAAGUUCCCACCACCUCACCAGGAUGGAGCACUUGGUUAUCCUUCUGAGUCAUCUCAUCCUAUGGAUCCUGCAUUCGAACCGCUAGAGUCCUCGUUCAGCACAGUAUUUCCCUAUCAGAAAAGUGAAUUGGCAAUGUGGUCUGGCCCCUUGAUUGAUCCAGCUUCCACCGGUGGCCCAAGACGAAAGAAAAAAUCUGCAGCGACUCAGAUGCCUGCUAACUUAAAGCAUCUUUCGAGUGCUAAUGCUACCAACGAAACAUAAAAACAGUCGAGAGUCGAGACCUUCACUCAAGUUAGAUGAACAGCGGUCCAUAUGAACUGGAUAGAUCAUCCAUUGCUGCUGGUUAAAAACCCCUCUAAAUUAAAUUGGGAGUUAAAACAGCUCCCUUCGUCCCCUUAUUCGAUUUCUUCUACAUCUGUUGAUUUUUUUGUAUGGUUAGCCUUUGGAUAGAUGGCUGCAGAGAAAUUAUUCUUGUCAUGUAUAUUGUUUUUUUUUUUUUUUUGCGAUUUGCUUGUUUAUAACUGGAUUCUGGCAUUGGAUUUGUUCAGUGAAAUAAGUGUUUGGAAUCCUGUUAUUGCA